CGAAUACAGGAAGACAAGCUCGUCUCUCACAGGCGUCAGGUUUCGUUGCGGUUGUUCACUCUCUCACUCUUUCUGACACACAACACAAGACUGGGAUUUACAUUUUUAGUAGAAACAGAUAGAAAAUUGGAAACGCCAAUAACGGACUGUUAGAAGGGAAGGUUAUUAAAAAGGCAAGUAAAUCAUUCUGUAGUCCUGUAUCUGCAGAUCGAUGAUGGAAACACCCAUUCCUGUUCCUGAGCUGCUGUUAGCCAUUUUAAAUGAGCUAAUCACUGAAGACCUUAAAACAUUCCAGUGGUACCUGACUCAGGUUGUGCUCAGCGAUUUUCCUCCCUUCCCUAAGAGCAAGCUGGAGAACACGGACAGGCUAACCACUGUGGAUAAGAUGAUCAAGACCUCAAGCUAUGAGGGAGCUGUGAAGGUGUCACUAGAGAUCCUGAGGAAGAUGAACCACAACAAUCUCGCUGAGAAACUACAGAGAGACAGCCAAAUAUCCUGUCCUGUGUGCCACGACAUUCUCAGGGAUCCUGUUAUACUGUCAUGCCACCACAAAGUCUGCACAGUCUGUCUACAUGAAUGCUGGAACCAGAAAUAUUCUCGGCAAUGCCCUGUGUGCAAGAAGAGGAUGUCAAUGGAUACAGCAAGGUCUGAGGUGCUCUGCAGUUUGCACAGUGAGAAAUUCAAACUCUUCUGCCUGGAGGAUAAAAAGCCAAUCUGUGUGGUAUGUCAGACUUCAAAAAACCACAAAAACCAUAACUGUAGCCCCAUAGAUGAAGCUGCACAGGAUCAGAGGGAAGAACUCCAGACAGCACUGAAUUCCUUAAAGGAGAAGCUUGGGGUCUUUAGUAAAAUUAGCCAAACCUGUGCUGAACACAUCUUGAGCCAGGCCCAGCACACAGAGGGUCAAAUUAAGGGGCAGUUUGAGAAGCUUCACCAGUUUCUACGAGAGGAAGAGGCAGCCAGGAUAGCUGAACUAAAAGAGGAAGAAGAGCACAAGAAUCGAGUGAUGAAAGAAAAUAUUGAAGAAAUGAGCAGAGAGAUUUCAUCACUUGCAAACACAAUCAGAUUCUUAGAGGAGGAGCUGAAAGCUGAAGACCUCUCAUUUCUGCAGAACUAUGAGUCCACAAAGGAAAGAGCCCAAUGCAAACUGCCAGAUCCAAUGCUGGUCUCAGGAGUGCUGAUAGACGUGGCUAAAUACUUGGGCAACCUGCAAUUUAGAGUCUGGGAGAAGAUGCAUGAGAUUGUGAAAUACACUCCUGUGAUUCUGAACCCCAAUACUUCCCAACCACAUCUCAUCCUGUCUGAUGAUCUGACCAGUGUGAGACACCGUGAUGAAGACAGCAUCAAUGACAGUGACGAAACACGGCAGCUUCCUGACAACCCAGAGAGGUUUGAUACCUUUAGAAUGGUCCUAGGUUCUGAAGGCUUUAAUUCAGGGACACACAACUGGGACAUUGAGGUUGGGGACAAUACUCACUGGUCACUGGGUGUGAUUACAGAAUCUGUCCAGAGGAAGGAAGAAGUAAAGAAUGGAUACUGGCAAAUCCGAUUCACUGGUGGUAAAUAUGAUACACAUUCUCCAUCAGGGUCAGACACUCUCCUUACUGUGAGACAGAAACCCCUGAGGAUCAGAGUGCAGCUGGACUGGGAUGGAGGUAAGCUGUCAUUCUCUGACCCUGAUAAUAAGACAGUUCUACACACAUUCACAUACACUUUCACUGAGAAAGUCUUUCCUUUUUGCCUUAAUGGCUGUAAACUCCACCCUGUGAGGAUUUUACCAGUGAAGGCCUGUGUGACAGUGGAAAAGCCCGAUGAGACCUUCUUACAGGACACAAGUGUCAGAGGCUUAACAGUGAACACCCACAAUGAUUAUGAUAUGUUCGAUGAGGACAUUGAUGAAUUUGAGGAGGAAUACGAUGAAUGUGCAGACCCUGAAGAUGAAGAUGAUGUAGAUGAUGUAGAUGAUGUAGAUGAUGUAUAUGAAGAAGAUGAAGAAGAUGAAGACGAAGAAGAAGAAGAUGAUUAUUAAUAAGAUGACAAAUAUGAUACUGUCUCGAUCUCCAACAGUGGAACAACAGUUAAACUAUAGUAUAAGUACAAUAUAUGCAGGGUGUGGGAAUGGAUUUGGAUGUUCUUAUGAAGAAACUAAAAUGACUGUAGGUCAUUUUUUUAUGUAACUGAAUAUUAUUUCUGAAAAUCAACAGCAUGGAAUAUUCAUAUUUUUACUAUAUUCUUUUUUUUAUAUGACUCCAAAUAUGUUUUAACUAUAAUAUCAAUGGCUGAGUCUAUUCACUUUAAUUGUUAAUAAAAACAUUGGUUUGGAAAAGUAAAAUCUAACUCAGUGGCCAAUUUAGUUAAGAACAUACUUUAUAGCCUAUGGAAGCAUUUAGCUGCUGAAACUCAAUUGGUAAUGCAAAUGUUAAAUCAAUAUGUUUGCAAUUCAUUUGUGACAAAAUUCAAAUUGAAAUGCAAAAAAAUAUAUUGCAUUUUCAUGAUUGAGUAUGGUCCAUUAAUUUCCAUGCUACUAUCCAGUACAACACUGACACAUUUAAAUAUAAAAGCUUAUUACAUUUCUGGGGUUGCAGGUAACCUUGUUACAUUUGUGGUGGCAGGUAGCCUAGUGGUUAGAGUUUUGGGCCAGUAACUGAAAGGUUGCUGGAUUGAAUCCCUGAGCUGACAAAGUAAAAAUAUGUUGUUCUGCCCCUGAACAAGGCAGUUAAGCAACUGUUCCCCGGUAAACUGUCAUUGUAAAUAAGAAUUUGUUCUUAACUGACUUGCCUAGUUAAAUGACGGUAAAAAUGUAUAUAUAAAAAUGCUAAUGAUUAACUUGUUGUAAAAGCAAUAAUUGUGAAAGAAAGAAAAAAUAAUCGGCAAUUACUGUGUGUGGUUUAAAACUGUCAAAUUUCAAAUGAUCAAUCAAAUUCAAUAAAUCUAUCACGAUGCUC